AUGGAGGACAGUGAGUACGAGUCGGUUCUCUGCGUCAAGCCCGAGGUGCAUGUCUACCGUAUCCCGCCCCGGGCCACGAACCGCGGCUACAGGGCUGCAGACUGGCAGCUGGACCAGCCAUCAUGGAGUGGGCGGCUGCGGAUAACAGCAAAAGGGCAGAUGGCUUACAUCAAACUGGAGGACAAAACUUCAGGGGAGCUCUUUGCCCAGGCGCCUGUGGAGCAGUUUCCCAGCAUUGCCGUGGAGAGCGUGACGGAUUCCAGUAGAUACUUCGUUAUCCGGAUUGAGGAUGAAAGUGGGCGUCGAGCAUUUAUUGGUGUUGGCUUUGGCGACAGAGGGGAUGCCUUUGAUUUCAAUGUCGCGCUACAGGACCAUUUCAAAUGGGUGAAACAGCAAUGUGAGUUUGCCAAGCAAGCCCAGAACCCAACUCCUGGCCCCAAAUUAGACCUGAGCUUCAAGGAGGGCCAGACCAUCAAGCUCAGCAUUGCGAACAUAAAGAAGAAGGAAGGAGCAGCUGGAAAUACCAAAACCCGGCCAUCCAGCAGUGCAGGAAUGAGUCUGCUGCCUCCUCCUCCUCCCCCUGGGGGCAAAACUUCUCAUCUCCUUCCCACUAGGGAGCACUUAACUGUAGGAGUGGCUCAGUCCCAGUCAGCUAUUGCCACAAAUACAGGCAAUGCCACUUUAUCCUGGCCACAGCCUACCACCACCCUUGCUGCAACAGCUGACGUCUGGGGUGACUUUGCCAAAGCCUCAGGGUCAUCUUCAGGUCAGACUCAGCAGAGCUCAAACUGGGUCCAGUUCUAAACUGGCUCCCCCUUUUGCUUUCCCAACAUGACUCCUGGGGAAGAAGUGUCUUUGAUUGUGGACCAAAGGGUGGAGGACCCAGCUCUCUUCAGCCUCUCCAUUUGGAACAUGCCUCCUUUCCUUCUUCCUCCUCUCCUCCCUCAGGGCCUGCUCCCCUGUCUCUGUGGCAUCACUUGUCUGACUGGGCAUUGUAGAAGACUUCCAGGAUUCAGUACUGACAACAGAGACCAAGAGGUAGAGAGACUGAGAGUGGAGGCCCAAGUAUCUGAGGCCAAGUCCAGUUGUCUUUCUCCAGGGCUGGAGGGGAUCUCUGCAUCGGAGAGGCCUGGGAUUCUGGCUUUAGGCCUUUCUCGUGGCUAUCCAGACCCACAAGGCUGGGGACAGUUUGAUUUCCUGGCCGAAGCCUCCUAACCACAGUGUUUACAUGUUUAAAGUGAGAGCUCAGUUGGCAAGCAUUGGGUUGGGUGGUUCUUCCCCUGCUCCUUCUCUAUCCACUAGAGUUACUAAGAUCAGGAAUGGAGGUACCUGUCCUGGUUUCCCAGUAGGCUAAGGGACGAGGAAGCCCCUUGGGAGGAGAUCAGGAAACGCCCAUUUGUAUUAAGCCUUUCUUGUUUAAUAUUUGCUUUGCUGAUCUGCAUAAUUUACACUAACCAUGGGGAACUGCCCCUGCCAGGACCUCUGGAGGGAUCUAACUCUGGCAACCACAGUGCCUACCUGUUCUUUGGACUCCCUGUCCUGUGCCCCUUCUGCUCUCUCCACCCCAUUCUCAGGGGCUUCUGGGACAGUUGUCAUCUCCCUCCAUGUUGUGCCCUGAGCUGUGUUGGUAGCUAUGCCAGGCAGAAGCAGGAGGGGUCAGGUGGGCAGGUACAAACUGUUCUCAGAGCGUUAAGCCUAGCAUUUGCCUACUCCAGAGGCCCUUUCCUCCAGAAAGGAGGACCUGGUUGGGCUGGGCCUUCUCUGGGUGGUUUCUGAGUGCCUUGUUGUCUAAAGACAACCACUUCCUUUUCCUUUCUCCUAUGUGCACUGUGAACGAAAGCUAGGAGCCUCUCACAGGGAUCCAAGGCAGUUACCUGGACUACUGUUUUUAAAGUAAUUCUGUCUCUGCAAGCCUCUGAAAUUCCUUUUCACAUCUUGUCCUUUUUGUAUAUUGUCUUCUUCAGAAUGGUUUCAUUUUUUGGAUUGGCCUUUUUUGCUCGAAAGUCCUGAGUCAAGAAUGGAGACCAUGAAGAACUCUCUCUCCUUACAGGAUUUUUAAGAUAAGAAAGUGUUUGCUUUUUCUAGUUCAUGUCAAGGACAGGAAUGUUUCUGAGCACAGAUAUCCUUGCCGGGUGGCUAAGAGUCUUCAGCUUAUUCUCUGGCCCUGUUAAGUAGAAGUUUGGAUUGUUUCUGAAGCAAAACAUGGACAUGUGUGUUAACUUGAAACCAGCAUUUUUUUUAAGUGCCUAGAGUAAAUAAGUGCCGAGUAGAACGAGCUGGAUGAGAAUAAAUACUAUUUGGACACGUA